UGUUUUAAGACAGUCACACGAGAUCCAAUAGAUCAUGUCGGGAUUCAACAUUAGAAGCGCGAGGGAAGAAGAUGUGGAUGAAAUCUUUCGGAUGACUAACGAGCUUGCUGCGUAUUUAAAUGAGCCAGAAGCUGUUCUUGUAACACCAGAAAUGCUGAGAAUGAACCAGACGAAAUACAAGUGUGUGGUGGUGGAGGACAAGACAACAGAUGAUUCUAUUUCCGUGCCAUUGAUUGGAUUUGCUCAGUACAUGUACAAAUUCAGUGGUUGGAAAGGAUGGGUGCUCAUGCUAGACAGUCUAUAUGUGGCCCCGGGACACAGGAACAAGGGGAUAGGGUCUGCCCUAUAUCAGAUAGUGGCACGGGAUGCCGCAGCGACCGGCUGUAAUUUUAUGGAGAUCCUUGUUCAUGAUUGGAACUCUGAGGCAAAAGGAUUUUAUAAAGCAAAGGGCGCAUAUGAUUACACCGAGAAAAUGAAAGUACAUUUGUUCAGGAUGCCAAUAUCAGAAUUGGAAAAACUAUCAAAACCAAAUUAAGAGAAAACAAAACAAGCAAAAAAAAAAAAAAAAAAACAAAAACAAACAAAAAAAUUAACUGUGUUGUAACAAAUCAAUUAUGGUGGUUUUAUAUCUGAUUUGUUUUCAGAUGUGAAAAUGUGACAACAUAUACAGUUGUUUUUCGGCAUAGCCGUAUUAUUUUCUUUUGGCCCCGGAUAUGACGCGACAGGUGGCGUUACUGGCCAAGAUGAAGUAUGUGAUUGGUCAAUG